AUGACUAGAGCACGUAGGGUUCUUGUGACAGUUAUUCCUAGUGAUUCGGAAUCUAUUGACGGAUUAUGCAAUUCUGAUAUAGAACGAAAUGAAAAUGAGAUAGAAGAAGAAGAUGAAGAUGCACAAGAGGAAGAAGAUGAUGAAGAUGAGGAAGUAGAAGAUGAAGUUUUAACUGAAGAUGAAGAGGUGGAAGAUGAAGUGGUGGAAAUAUUGGAAAAAGAUGCAAAAAGUAAAGAAAACUGUGUCAAUAAAGCCAGAUCGAAGGAUGACAUCCCUUUUACUAAAAAUUUUGGCCCUAAUAUACCAGAAGAUAUUAGAACUCCAUUGGAUUUGUUUUCGUGUUUAUUUUCAGAAGAUAUUUUAGACCUCAUAGUUCUGCAAACAAAUAAUUAUGCUCAUCAAAAUAAUAGAAAACAAAUACCUAUAACGAAAAAUGAACUGAUCAUCUUUUUAGGCAUUAAUAUUCUUAUGGGAAUCAAAAAAAUGCCAUCGUAUCGUGAUUAUUGGUCUUCUGACCCUAAACUGAAUGAUCCUUACAUAAGUUCAUUGAUGACCGUAAAUCGUUUCGGAUUUUUUCUUGGUAACAUUCACAUGACUGAUAACAGCAAGGAACCAAAAAGAACAGAACCAAAUUAUGACAAAUUAUAUAAAUUGCGACCUAUGAUAGAUAAGCUGAAUGAAAAUUUUAAAAAAUAUAUGACUCCAAGUAAAUACCAAUCCAUAGACGAAUCAAUGAUAAAAUUCAAAGGCUGCAGUAGCUUGAAACAAUACAUGCCUCAAAAACCAAUCAAACGUGGGUACAAAUGUUGGGUUUGUGCAGAUGAAUCGGGUUACAUAUGUGAAUUUCAGAUAUACACGGGUAAAAAGGAAAGUACUGAAAAAGAUCUUGGGCCACGAGUUGUAAAAGAACUUACACGAGAACUUGUUGGUGAUAAUCAUCACGUAUAUUUUGACAACUACUUUACAAGCGUUAAAUUAAUGAUUGAUCUGAAACGAGACAAUAUUUUUGCUUGCGGGACAGUUUGUAAAGAUCGAAAAAGACUACCUAAGAGUGAUAUACCUGACAAGAAUUUAGAACCUGGUAAAUUUGAAUAUAAAUGCUCGAAUACAGGCGUUCGGUGGAUAAAAUGGAUGGAUAAAAAACCAGUUAAUUUUUUAUCGAACUAUCAUAAUCCUUCUGAAGUAACUACAGUCAUGCGUAAACAAAAAUAUGGCUCGUCAAAAAAUGUUAGUUGUCCUGUAAUGUGUUCAGACUAUAAUAAAUACAUGAGUUUUGUUGAUAAAUCAGAUCAACUAAUAUCUACUUACAAAAUUGACCGAAAAUCAAAAAAAUGA